AUGGAGCUGCGUCAUCGAGGUAAUAGGUCCGACAACAAUCAACAAAUGGAAACAUUUCAGAUCGAUCAAAAAUCCAGUGAUACUAAAGAUGAAGCUAUCAGAAAUCAAAAAUGUCUCUCAGCCGUACCGACUCUCUUAGUUUCAGUGACCGUAUUAAUAAUAUUAAAUGUGUUUGUAUUUUAUAUGGAUAACAAAUUACCACCCCCUCUUGAAACAAAUUCGACCAAUAAUGAUUUUGUUGCUAAGCGUGCAAUGUCCACAUUAAUCAAACUAGCAAAUUUAGGUCCAAGACCUGUUGACUUACAAAAUAUUGUUGUUAAACUAGAUCCUAAACAAGGUAUAAACGAUGCCAUUUUGUUAAAUUGUCAUUACGACACAGUUCCAGCAGGGCCUGGUGUAAGUGACAACGGUGUGAACUGUGCCGUAAUGGUAGAACUUUUACGUAUUUUAGCAAACACCCCAAAUCUGAGAAGACCGAUAAUAUUUUUAUUUAACGGCGGGGAAGAAAUAAUGCUUCAAGCUUCUCACGGUUUCGUCACUCAACACCCGUGGUCCAAAAACGCGAAAUACAUAAUAAAUCUCGACAGCUGUGGAGCAGGUGGCCGAGAAAUAUUGUUUCAAACCACCAAGUCGGAUUCGUACUUGGUAGAUUUAUACGCUCGCACGGUUCCCCAUCCGUACGGGCAAGUGAUCGCCGAAGAACUGUUCCAAUCGGGCGUAAUACCGUCGGACACGGAUUUUAGGAUAUUCAGAGAUUUCGGAAACAUGUCCGGUCUCGAUCUGGCGCAUUACAAGAACGGGUACGUCUACCACACGAAACACGACGAUUUAGAUCAAGUCGGACCGUCCGUGCUACAGAACACAGGCGAAAACUUGCUCGCCCUGGCCCGAGCGAUGUCCACGCACAACGCGACGGCGGCGGCCAAGAACGGCACCAGAUCCAAGUACGUGUUCUUCGACUUGUUCGGCGUGUACAUGGUGUCCUACACGGAACUGUCGGGGGCGUUCGGCAACUUCAUCAUCGUCCUGUCGUCGUUCUUCUCGAUUUUCCUGUCGCUCAGAUUCACGACGGUCGGCAUGAACCGCCGGGAGUACAGCUUGCACCUGUUGACGGCCAUCGUGAGCCCCGGUUGCACGAUCGUGGCGGCCCUGUUGUCGUGUCUGCUGGUGGCGUUCGCACUGGACCGACUCGGGUGUUCGAUGAGCUGGUACGGCAACCAGACGAACCUGUUGCUGUACUUCGGCACGGCCACGUGGUCCAUACUGACCGUGGCCGCGUACUACCCGAAAACCCAAUCCAGAACCGACGCCGAAUGGACCGUGACCAUGCUGAACGGCGUACAGCUGUUCUGGACGGCGCUGCUGUUCGUCUCCACCAUGGCCGGCCUGCGGUCCAGUUACCUGUUCGCCGUCAUGGUGCUGUUUCCGUCGGCCGCCAGCUGCGCGCUGGGCAUACUGAACGCCGGCCGAGCGCCCGCCGUCUGGAUAGCGGGAUACGCGGCGUCGCUGACGGUGCCCGUCGCUUUCGUCCUGUACCUGACGCAAAUGUUCGCGUCGCUGUUCGCGCCGAUCGCCGGCCGCCUCGGCCCCAACGUCAAUCCCGACUACGUGGUCGGCGCGCUGAUGGCCCUGUCCGCGUACGCCGCCGUCGGCCACCUGGCGCCGGCCGUGGCGCUGAUAAACAGGCCGCGUCCCGCGCUGGCCUGUCUGGGCGCCGCCGCGCUGCUGAUGGCCGUGACCGUAGUGGCCGUCCGGCCGGUCGGGUUCCCGUACUCCGCGGUCGAGGCCGAACAGCGGUUCGACCUGAUACACACGCGGCGCUCGUUCCACGACUUGGGCGGCGGCCUGCGGUACAACGAUUCCGGUUACAUGAUCGUCAACUGGGACCGGCAGGGCCCGCGGACCGUAGCGGAGUACGCGCCGGACGCGGUCCGCGCCGAUUGCGCCGCCGAACUGAUGUGCGGCAUGCCGAUUACCGGGUGGCUGGCGCAACACGCCGGUUGGCUGCCGGUCGGUCGGCCGCCCGCGGUACAGCGAUCCGCCGCGGCCACGGCUGCCGAGGUCGUACUCAAUGAAGGGGACGGCGACGGCCGGCGGCGGCGGAUCGCGUUCAACGUGACCGGCCCGGAGAGGGUGACCGUGUACGUCAGCCCGUAUCCCGGUACCCGGUUGACGUCUUGGAGUUUCGCGGGUAAACCGGAACCGGCCACCAGUUGGACGGGCCACGACGUGUACGUGAUUAAGCACUCUUCGGCGGCGGGUCCCGCUGCGGGCGGCCCGCAGAACGUGUGGAGCUUUUGGUUGGAACACGAGUCCGAUCGCGGUUUCGGCGAAAAGUCCAUCAACGUCACCGUGACUUACAGUUGGGUGAUACACAAGGAAUUGGUGUUGGGCGACGAGUUCCGGUCGUUCGUCGACUCGUUUCCGCGUUGGGCGCACGUCAACAUCGCCGUCGCCAGCGUAGAAGCUUUUGUCUACUAA